AUGAAAUUCGGCAUCAACUUAAUUUUCUCGAAGUUGGAUAUCACGAAAAUUAAUUCAACUCAAAUAUCAACAAUAACACAAAUAGUUCCGUUGCGUGUAUCAGUUUUAAAAGACAUCAUUAAUAUUAAGUACGCAUACAGAAAAUUGAUUGAAGCCUGUGAAGAUAUUAGUAACUUUUACGGAGCACCUGUUCUGAUCACAUUUAUAUCUUUGGUUGGAAAAGGAUUAACCAGUACAUAUCUCGGGGUUUUAUUAUUUAUGAAUAUAGAAUUAACACCAGUUCCAUGGUAUCAAACAGGAAUACGCCUCUCAUGGAUAAUGUUACUAUUCAUCAUUUUGACUUCUAAGAUAGCAACGAUAGCAGAACAGGUCAAAAACUAA